AUGAACGUGACCAGCCUGCUGCAUUUCGAGUCGAUGAAGUACAUCGGCGCCCAGACGCAGGCGGCGUCCAUAAAUCACCACGUGGCCCAGGCCCUGCGUGUCUUCAUCGAGGACUUCUACCAGCGGAUCGCUCCCGCCUUCAUUGUGGUCCUCUCCUGCCGGCGACCCAGUCCCAUGAACUUCUACCGCAACAUUAUGCAGCUGCUCUACGAGAGCGUGGACACGAUGAUCGUCCAGCUGGUGCUGGUCGAGCUCGGUCAUCCGCGGCGCAUCGCAGGACCACGGACCCACAAUCUGCUGCUGGUGGACUCGCUGGACGCCCUGCUGGACAUCGAGAUGCACACGUACACGGCGCAGUCGGACACCAGCGAGUACUACUUCAUCUUCCUGCAGCAGCGGGAUGCACUGAUUCCGCACGACAUGCAGGGGGUGUUCGCGUACUGCUGGCGCCACCAGCUGAUCAACUGCAACGUGAUGACGCAGAGUUCCGGUGGCCAGGUGCUGCUCCACACGUACUUCCCCUACGUCGCACCUGGGCAAUGCAACGACUCGCAGCCCACCAGGAUCAAUGCGUUUCUGGGCGAAUCGUGGCAGCAUCACGACUACUUUCCCUCCAAGCUGCACAACCUCAACGGUUGCCCAUUGGUUGUUCUGGCCAGACGAGUGUCGCCCUUUCUGGAUCUCGAUGAGGGGCAGCGCGAGCUGCGCGGCUUGGAGGGGCGUCUGCUGCAGGAACUGUCGCACAGGAUGAACUUUAGCAUACAGUUUGCGGGCUUGCAGGAUCAGCUCCAGAGUCGCACUACAUGGUCGGAGAAGCAGUUGCUGCAGAAGCUGGUCCAGGAGCGCAUAGCCCACCUGGCUAUUGGUUAUGUGAGGAAGCGCAUCCAGUACGCAACGAACCUGACGCCCGUGUUUCCGCAUUACUCGAACCGGUUGGUGGGAUGUCUGCUGCUGAAUGCCCACAACCUGACCAGCCUGGAGAUCUGGUCGUUUCCCUUUCAGGCACUCACCUGGAUCUGCCUGUUGCUCUUCGCCAGCUGGCUGAUUUUUGGCCUGAUCGUUAGGUCCAUGUACUCGGCUCUGUUGUUCUUUAUCCUGCGCUACCAUCUGCAUCAGCGAUUGCCAGGAAGCUUGCAGGAUCUAGCCCAUGGCGACUAUGCGGCGGUGAUGGGUCGAACAACGUUGCAGGAUCUGAGGGAGGUGCCCAGUCUGCACGAUCUGCUGGGUCUUAGGUCCGUGAUGGUGUCCUCCGAACGGGAGGAGGAGGUGCUCCGCACGCUAGACCGCUGUUCUGUGCGAGAAGGAGCCGGCUCACAUCCGCUUUUCUUUGGCCUCAUCUCUCAGGAUGCACUUCUCCACCUCACCCAACGUGGCCAUCGGGCUGGUGCGUAUCACAUCAUACCGCAGGAGGUCCUGGAGCAGCAGCUGGCCAUUUACCUGCAGAAGCACUCGCAUUUGGCCGCUCACCUCGACCACCUGGUCAUGUCCAUUCGCUCCGUGGGCCUGCUGCACCACUGGGCGGGUCAGAUGGCUAGCGAGCGGUACUUCCGCAGUCGGUUCCUGUACCGGGAGAAGCGUAUCCGACAGCCGGACCUGUGGGCGGUCUACAUCCUGACCGCAGGACUCUAUCUCCUGUCGCUGGUCGUCUUCGUGUGCGAGCUCCUGGCUACCAGAAGAGCAGCAGUCUAG